CUUCAUCUCUAAAGCGAAUAACCGUCGCUGCUAACAGCAAUGACCAUAAAGUAAUAUUUUAAACGCUUUUAAUUAAAAGAGCGAAACAGACUGUUUUCUUUAGCGACCUGAUUUAAAAAAAUUACAUGAUGGAUCUGGCUAAAAGCAUACGCAUCGCUGAAGCACCUAAAAAAGGGUCAAGGCAAGCCGGUAUAGUACCGACACGCUACGUUUUUGCCCUGGCGUCAUUUUUCGGAAUGCUGCAUUUAUAUGCAUUGCGGGUCAACAUGAGUGUAGCGAUUGUGGCUAUGGUCAAUUCUACAUCCAUCGCUAUCAGGAAUCAAACGUUAACAGCAUCAACCGAAAAAAGCUAUGGCACAACUUGUCCCUUGCCUGUCGCCAUGCCGCUCAUCCACGGCGUUUUGGCCUCAAACGGGGAAUUCAACUGGAACGGCACGGUGCGCGGUGUCGUAUUGGGAUCGUUCUUUUACGGAUACAUCUUCACCUGCUACCUGGGUGGUUGGUUGGCCAUCCGUUGUGGUGGGAAGCAUGUAUUUGGAUUUAGCGUGCUGUUUGGCGGGGUUCUGACGCUGUGUAUACCAUGGGCGGCACGCACACAUUACGGCGUGCUAAUCGCUGUACGGGUUCUUCAAGGGAUUAUCAAUGGGGUGUGUUUUCCGGCCAUGGAGACCUUAAUCAGCAGCUGGAGUCCAUCGGAAGAACGGACGAAAUUCAUUGGAUUUAUUUUCUCCGGUAUGCAUAUCGGAAUGAUGCUGAUGUUCGCCGUCUCAGGAUACUUGAUCAGUUUGUGGGGAUGGCCAAGUAUCUUCUACGUGUUCGGCGUCUCCGCGUGCUUGUGGUUCGCCAUAUGGACGCUCUACAUUUACGAGACACCAUUCGCACACCCGGACAUCUCGUCCGUGGAACUGGAACUGAUAACCAAAGACGCACAAAACAGCGAGCCGGAGCAAAGGUCACCGUUACCGUGGUGGAAGCCAUUGACCUCCGUCCCCUUUCUGGCCGCCGCCAUUGCCCAUUUCGGCGGCAAUUGGGGUUUCGUCACCCUACUCACUAAUCUCCCGACGUAUCUUCACGAAAUUCUUCACUUUAGUUUAAAAUCAAACGGCUUAUUGUCGGCACUGCCAUACUUGGCGGUGACCAUCUGCAUCCAAAUAUUCUCCAUCGCGUCUGACUGGCUACGACAGCGCGGUUACAUGUCAACUACCAAUGUGCGUAAAGUGACGCAGAUGAUUGGUUUGUUAUCGCCGGCUGCGUGUCUGGUGGGUGUGGGCUGUACAUGCGAUGCUUACAUGGCUGUGACCUUACUGGUGGUCGGUGUGGGACUGAGUGGUGCGGCGUUCGCGGGAAUUAAGGCCAACUUCAUUGAUCUGGCACCGAAGUACGCUGGACUGCUGUUGGGGAUGUCGACGACGACGGCGAUGCUGCCGGGAAUUGUGGCACCUUACGCCAUCGGGGUAUUGACUGGGGGGCCGCAUGGGCAGACCAUGGAAAACUGGAGGGUGGUGUUCUAUAUUACUGCUGCCAGCAGCACGCUUGCUGCGGUGGUGUAUUGUAUUUUUGGUUCAGGGGAACAGCAACCAUGGGAUCAGCCACAAUUGCAACUGGGCGAAAAUACUUGUGAUUUUUGUUGCGAAGCCCAUGACAAACAGAAGCCAGGAGAUGAAGGCGUUAGUAGAUGUUAAAUAGCACCUUUGUAACGUGCAGCAUUACCUGAACCUUUAAUAAGUAUCACGAAACCAGUACAAUAUAAGUACCAAAACAAAGCCGUAACAGAAAAACUUAUAUGCUAUCCUGCUCGGGAACUGUACCCGUCAGGUACCCGUGUAGCAUCAUUAAUUUUUCUGAUUUGUUUGGAAAAUGUUGAACCCCUCAGUUUAACGAACGAAAAAGUCACAACCCAGCGCAAACUGCAUGUAUUGCAGCUGUACGAGUUGACAGUCAAAUUUACAAACGUUUGGGCUAUUCCGCUUCUCAUAGAUUUUGCGUGGUAGUUUUUUGGAAGUCUCCCCAAUAUUGAUUUUUCUUACGAAUCCAUAAAAUGCUUUCAUCAAACUGUAGGUAUUUGGGCUACGGAAAAAAUACCUUCAUAUUACUUUGACAUGUCUGUUUUCUUCAGACUUUAGCUAUUUUUGCCGUGAGCACGCAGACACAACCUUUGAACACGAUUUUAUUCUUUUUCAUAAAGGACAAACAUUGAACGACGCGCGCUGUUUGAAAUAUUUUCUUAACUGCAGCAUUUUCGUUGCA